AUGGAAGAAGCAAAAACUCUUGUCCGCACAACAGUGCGUACCUUCAAACCCUCAGAGAAGAAGGACGACAAGCAGGCAGCCGAGAUCCAGGCACUACUGGUCGAUGCCCUCCUACAUCACACAGUCCUCCAUCUCGACGAUUUCAAUGCACUCACCCAGAUGCCUCAGAAAGAGCUCCGCGGCUACCUACAACCACUCCGCACCAACCGCCUCAUUCAUACUGGCUCCCGUCGCGAACACCAUGUCGCAUCCCAACGUGAUGCCACUCGCGAAUACUACUACGUCCAGCACUCGGACGCCGUCAACUGCAUCAAAUAUCGCGUCAACAAACUCCGCACAGAGAUCUCUAACCAGUACCUCACCAAAUCAGGUCCUGACGCCUUCCUUUGCCCGCAAUGCAAAUCUACCUGGAAGGAGUUGGAGAUUGUUCCUGGCGCUGACGGCUCUCUCUCCUGCCCACGCUGCGAUUUCCGAGACGUGAUUCUCAACGAAGCCGCUUUCAAGAACCAGGGAAUGCACGAGAACAUCAACAAGCUGAAUUCCCAGCUCUCUCAAUUCAAUACCCUCUUCGCCGCUUUCGACGCCAAGCUCACGGCCGGGCAGUUCCGAGACCUCAAAUUUGACGAGCAGUUCCCGCGCCGCAAAAUCGUUCCCAAAGAGGCCGGUGGCAAGUCCUGGCAAUGGGUGGAAGUGCGACGUCCGCGUGAUCGUGAAACCGCCGCGGGCGCCGUGAACGAGACCGACCUCGACCUCAAUAUCACCAGCGCAGCCAGACAAGCCGCUGAAGAAGCCGAGCGCGAACGCGAACGUAAAGAGAAGAUUGCACAUGCUAACGCGCGGCCUGAGUGGAUCAAUGCGGGUGUUGCCAAGGGCGCAACCCUGGAUAUUCGGGGCGAUGAUGCAGAGCCCGCCAGUACAGCCAGCAGUGGUCUAGUGCCGAAGAAAGAGGAAGACGAAGACGAGAAGAAACCCGACAUCCUGAAAGACACCAAGGGCCAGAACCUUAGCGAGCGCGAGCGGGCAGAGCAGGCCCUGAUGGAGCAGUACAUGCAGGACAUGCAACGCGAGCAAGAGGAAGUCGAGCGGCGUAAACGCGAAGAAGAGGAAGAAGAUGGCGAAGAAGAAGAAGAAGAAGACGAAGACGAUGAAUUCGAAGACGUUCCUGGCACAGGCACCGGCGCGGUCGGCACGCCAAUGAGUAGCAGCCAAGGUGGCGCGGACGUCAAGCCCGCCGUCCCCGCCGUCAACGGCAUCAAGCGCGAGUACGAGGACGACAGCUCCGAAGCAGCUACGCCCGCCAGCGCAAGCGACGAGAGGGACAGCAAGCGCCUCAAGAUUGAGAACGGCGCGGACGUCAAGAUGGAGGGGAGCGAUAGCACCAGUGUCAGCGCGAACGGGACGCCGAUGGCGAAUUCUGCGCCAGCCGCGGUAUCUGGUGGGGCCCAUGGCAACGGCAACGGAGACAGAGAGGAGAGCGAGGACGAGGAGUUUGAGGACGUGUGA